AAAGAGAGAGAAAGAGGGAGUCCACAGACAGAAAACAAAUGACAAGCAACAAGGUAUGUAACAAUUAUAAAAAAGUGAGAGAGACUAAAGUGAGAGAUUGAGAGAGGAGGGUCAUAGUGAUAUUUAGAUUUGACCACAGAACCUGCUAACUGUUGCUGCCACUGCUUCCGUGACGACACAUCAGACAGUUCCUCAACUUGAGCACAGACCCACAACAGAAAAGGACCACAGAAUAAAGAGAGAAAGAGAGUGAAAAAUGCCCUCAUUUCAGAAACCCAUUAAUCACCCCUAAUCUCUGACAUGACGGAGGAAGUGUUUGUGCACAUCAUGCCAUGGACCCCCAAGCCCAGAUUCUGAAGGGCAUAUUGGCUCAAAUUGUAAGCAAGGAAGCAGAAGGAGAGGGACCAGAGAACGGCUUUGCUGGAGAGUUUCUGAAACUGAAGAGGCAGUCUACUAAGUAUCGUGCAGAGAAAACCUACCCCACCACAGCUGCGGACAAACAGGAUAAUGUGAAGAAGAACAGAUACAAGGACAUUGUACCUUUUGAUCACAGCAGAGUGAAGCUCUCCCUCAUUACAUCCAAACAUGACACAGACUACAUCAAUGCUAGUUUCAUUAAGGGGGUUAUGGGCACUAGGGCAUACAUUGCCACACAGGGCCCACUGCCAAAUACUGUUCUUGACUUCUGGAGGAUGCUGUGGGAAUACAACGUGCAGGUUAUUGUGAUGGCUUGCCGAGAGUUUGAAAUGGGAAGGAAAAAAUGUGAGCGUUACUGGCCAGAGUUAAAGGAGGAUGUGUUUGUGUGUGAGCCCUUUAACAUACACUAUGAGUCUGAUGAGAAAAAGGAAGAAUAUGUAACAAGGACACUGAAGGUGACAUUUAAAAAAGAGUCCCGGACACUGAAGCAGCUGCACUAUGUGAACUGGCCAGAUCAUGGAGUACCUGACUCUAUUCCGGCAAUCUUGCAGCUGCUGCAGGACAUGCGCAUUUACCAGAAUCAUGAGGACGUUCCCAUCUGCAUUCAUUGCAGUGCAGGCUGUGGAAGAACAGGUGCAUUGUGCGCCAUUGACUAUACCUGGAAUCUACUAAAUAGACAGAUGAUUCCGGAGAAUUUCAGCAUCUUUGAUCUAGUAAAGGACAUGCGUACACAGCGGCCCUCUGUGGUUCAGACUAAGGAGCAAUAUGAGUUGGUAUACAGGACCAUUAAAUUGCUGUUUGAGAGAUAUUUGGCUGCAAUGGAUGAAUCAAACCAAGAGGUCCCAGCUUCUCCCUCACCUAUCCCCACAACCAGUGAAAGUGAGAUCUCAGAUUUCAGCGAACCAGUUUUAGAGACGGGGACUGACUUUCGAGCGUUGCUACAGACUGAACACAGGAAUUUUGAAAAGAACAUUCCUAUGAAUGACCACAAUCACAUUACUCAGAGAGUCUCUCCGUGGACACAGCCUUAUUUACUACCACUCAGCCCUGGAGCUGUUUCCACCAAACAUACUCCUGCAGAAAUGUUUAAUACAACUUGUGAAUGGGCCCAGAUUAAAGAAGACCAGAAUCCAUUCAUAACACAGGCUCCUCAAAAAGACUUUAUGAUCUGUGAAACUCAAAGUUCUGAGCCUUCCACUAGCCACAAAACUGAUCCUCCUCAAGCUGCAUUUUCAAACUAUCCUUUCAGCCUAGUACAAGAGCUGAAGCCAAGUCUGAAUCAUUUGGAGUGGGCAGAGAACCAAGAUGAUAGUCUUGUUUCUGAAGAGCCCAACCCUGUUAUCCCCAGCAGCCUCUGCCUCACAGUGGAUGAUCCAUAUUUUGGUCCUGAGUUUCAAUCAUCUGGCAAAUGUCUCGGUGUUAUAGAGCCUCCAGCCCCUGGAACAUGGAUUGAGAACCCUAGUUUCACAAUACCAAAUUUAGCACUUAAUAAUCAGGCUUUAGAAAUGCCAAAACAUGACUGCAAUGACAAAGGUGUAAGUACACCUUCAUCUGAUGAGGACUCUCCCCCUCCUUUGCCCAAGCGAACCCCAGAGUCUUUUAUACUGGCUGAUGAAAUAAAUGAAAUCAAUGAAAGCAGUGACCAGUUUACAUUGGUCAUUCCAACCAAUUCAGACACCGAGAGUGUCAACAGAGACAACCCCCCCUCACCUGUACCCCCACUGCCUGAGAGAACUCCAGAGUCCUUUGAAUUGGCCACAGAUAAGGAUUUGGUACAAAAUGCAACACAGGAAAAGCUACAGGAUAUUGUAAUGAGAGUCGGGAAAUCUUCAGAAUGGUCUGGGAAAACAUCUGAAGCUCAGACAGAUAUGAAGCAAUCCUGGUCCAGGAGCAAGAGCUUAAAACACAGAAUGUCACUUCCUGCCUCGCCAUCUAUUCCAUUCAGCCCUUUUCCAAUCGAAGGUCACACCCCUCCUCCCCUGCUGCACAAACCUCCACACAAAUGUUCAACUCCCCCGCUCCCUGAAAGGACUCCAGAAUCUUUCAUUUUUGACAUGGACAAAGUGCCAAACAACAGCGCCCACUGUUUGCCAUCUGAGACAGAGCAGCAGAGACUGAGAGUGGGCACAUCAUCUGAGUGGUCAGGCAGCUCCCAGCCCAGAUCAUUCUUGGAUCGUUCAUGGACCCGAAGCAAGAGUGUGAGAGCAAAAAGUUUGACACAAGAGCCUCUAUCUGUGGCUCCACUGACUCCACCAGUCUCUGUAACCAUGGCAAUUGGAGGGCGAGGGAACCAAGCAGAACAUAACAGCCAGCCAGAAGCAGGUGGACCAACAGAGGACCUGUCAGACAGAGGAGAAGAGAAGACUUCACUGGUCAGCAAGGCCAGGACCAAGAGCAUUAAGUUUUUGAAAGGAAGACAGAAGCCAAAACUAGCCCCGCCUCCAGCCCCGCCCCAGUUUGUUCCACCCCCCUAUGCUGCCUCUGCUGGAUUCUUAUUUUCUUUUGGACAACGUUUUGGAAAGCCGAAGGGGCCACGGAAUAAGCCGGAAACAUGGGUCUAGUUCACGUGGAAGGUGAACUGAAAGGGAGAACAGUCAUUCAGCACAAUACAAUAGGGACAGAAAGUCAUGAAACAUGGCUGCUUGCGAAAGAUUUCUUUCAGCCUUUCAGGAAGAGGAGUGCUGUGGAGUUGCAGUGGAGUCUGAGGGACAGUAGCCCAACAAAUGACCUCACAUAAAUACACUUACAAAAUUGUGCCUUUGUAGAUGACUAUGAUUUUAUGGCCAUUUUAAUGGAGUACAUUAAUGGAGUAAACUGUCUUUAUGCUAUCAAUUAAUUAUUAAAAUGUUUAUAAAUUAAUAUACUGUUGCAACUAAACAAAAUAAUUUAAGGGAUGAAUGUAUUGAGAAAUACAAGUAAUUGUGGAUACUCCUCUAAAUCUCAAUGUACUGUAAACACAAAUAAAUGUCACUGUAUUUUAUCACAAAUACACCUGAAGGGAACCAGGGCCAAUCUCAGUAAAUCGGUCCUUUCGAAAGAGAACAAAAUGACAAAUGAUUGUGGAUCAAUUUUUUCAAGCUUAUGGCCCACGACAAUGUUUGCUCAUUUUAAUAUUUUCUACCUUUGCUGCAGUGAUAUAGUCCCUUUAAGAAAUGCUUCACUUUGGUACACUCAUAAAAUGGUUUAUUUAAAAAAAUACAGAAAAGGUCUAUGCAUUCCAUUGCAUUUUUACACAAUCGAAAAGAUCCACAUGACAGUUCUAUUAAAUGUAACUUAGCAUUUACAAAACAUUACUUUGACUAUGUUCAUAAAUGACCAUCUAUUUGUCCUUAAAAAAAAUCAAUGAAAUUGAAAACUUUAAUACAAAUAUCAAACAGAGCAAAUAGUGAAUCAAACUCACACAGAGCAUGCCUUGAUCCCUAAGUGGAGUUUUCCUAUAUUACAAACAACAAUCAAAAAACCUGAUCAACACAAAAAGAAACUAGCUGCCAAAAUCCAGAGGAAACACAGAACGCUUAACAUCAUUAUGUUCAUUUUAAUAUACCAUGAAAUCACCUUGGUAAGGUAUAAAAGCAUAAAUGUGUAUGACUGAGCGGAGAACAUGUCCCAAACCGUAGGUGUAUAUAAGCCUAAAAUUAUUAAUGGAUUGGUAUUACUGACUUCAAUAGGCUUUAAUUAGGCUUUAUCUUCAACCGUAAAUCCAUUAAUUCAUUGUAAAACUUUUAAUAUGCAGAAUUAGGAACUGCAGAAUUGCAACUAAAUUGUGGGCGUAAAAACAGCUUUGAAUUCUGUUAAUUGACUCCUGCCAAUACAAUUGUAAUUCCACUUCAAAAACAGUGUGAAAUAUGAAAAGCAGAUAUGAUCAAUAUUGCACAUGAUUAAUAAGUCUAUACAGGUCAGAUACUGCCAAUUUUUCUUUUUUCUUAAGCAUUCUCAUCAUUUGGUGGCCAACAAAACGGUCCCCCUCAAUUGCUUCUGGAUAAGUAGAAUUGGUAACACAAUAUGAGCAUGAGGUUUGAGGUCUCAAAUAUAGAUUUUCUGAGACACACACUAAUAAAUACCCAAUCGUUACUUAUUGCCAGACUUUAAAAAAUUCAAUUGCAAUCAAUGUUUUCUAAAACUGGAAACAUCAAUUAGCGUAAUAGCAGCCAAUUAAAGACAUUAUAAAAAGGCACUCAUUUUUCUGGGAUGCAUUUGAUUAGAAAAAGCGAUUACAUAAUUUUGUUAUAUCCGUAAUCCAUGUAGACCGAUUGGCUUGCUGGUGUGAAAUUACAUUCAAAUCAGUCAUUUGCGAUAUUCACCGUCAAUGCAGAAGCACAAUUGCUGCCCAUAAUCCUUUCACAAAAAUUAAUGCCUGCUUUAAGACUUAAUCCCAUUCAAAAGAAUGAUACAACCACAUCAACAUGUGCAAAAACAUCGACACGUAACUACACUUAAAAAGUGAAUUCUAAAUUGCACUCAUCCAACUAUCUUGGAUAGCCUAGUCAACCUAGAAUGCUAAUCAUAGAUUACUAUGGACAAUGUCAGUUCAAACACACUAGACAUACUUUCUGAUAUUAUACUCAUAAAUAAUAUUAAAUGCUUUCCGAAGGAGAAAAACGGUUUGAUCGGGAAGCAACACAACAGAUUACGGCAAUGGCAACAUGCUAAUUAUUGUACAAGUGGAAAAAAAUAAACCCUCUGAUUACAGAGAGGAAUUUAUUCAUACCUUGUAACAAGUUAAUUCGUAUUUGCACUGUUUCUCAGAGAUAUUUAACAAAUGCUUACAAUGCCCAACUGCCAGUCCAGAGGCCACUAAAGCAAAUCACCAUAUUUUCAGAAAAAGUCUGGUUUAAAAGUUCUCAAAAUGGUACAUUGUGUUCUCUAAAACUACUCUGAUAAGCAGGAUAAUGUGCAACAUCUAAGCGGAAGCUUGUUUAAAUGAUGCAACUGAAUUUAGGGACAAUUUCCUUACAUAAAGCUCAGAUUACACGUCAGAAUUAUUUGUUGAGGACAACAUAUGUUUAAAAGAAAGUGAAUCAAAUCCCAAUAAUCCAAAUGUCUUAGACCACUAUAAAACAUUACAGUAAAUGCAGUAAAGGAGACUUGACCAAAUAAAAAGGCAUUAAUAUUUUGCCCCCGAGUACAGGUUUGGUUAUUGUAUUUCCAUCUAAUUUUCUGCUAACAUACCCAGAUUAAGUUGCAAUAUGUCUGCUUCACAAUAAAAAUAUAAAAUAGAACAACUCUGAAAAAGCAAAAUGGCUUCUAAAUACAAUACAGACAGAAAACAAACAUUACAAAUGAAUUAAAAGAGCAUUAUAUUAAAAGACUGCCAUUACUAUUUUGGACAGAAAUAAAUAAUUAAACAAUAACAAAAAAACCCUAAUCCUAUUUCCUGGAUACAUGUGAGGUAAUAGAAUGCACAAGUUCCUCUUUGAUAACUGGGGGCAGUCCAAAAAAUGGUGUCCUUCAAGCUAAGCAGUUUAAUCAAUAACCAGAGAGCAAUCAAUGAAAAAGCAAAUCUCUCUCAUAACCAAUGACUGAUCUCUAGUCUAGUUUAAAUACUUCAGCGUGAGACUACACAAUGUGAAAAAUUGUAAGACUAUUUCUUUUUUAAGGGAAUAGUUCACCCAAAAAUCAAUGAUCAUUUACACCCCUUCAUCAACUUAAGGGUGAAUGAAUAAUGACAGACUUUACCUUUUUGGGUGACCUAUUCCUUUAAUGUAAGAUUGCUGCUCUCCACUUCUGACAGGCACUUUUUCUUAUUUUUCCCAGUAAAAACAAAUUAGGAGAUUGACAUGAAACCCAUGACAGACUUGGAUACGACAUAAAAAAUGUCCCCCUUGAGAGAGAAUUAAUCUCAAAUAUAUAAACAAAUAUAAAACAAUACUGAGUAAUCAGCAAAAAUAUAUUUCAAAUUAAAUACUUUGGCUGAGAAAAACCUAAAAUGUACUUGCAGGGUAAUUUCUUAACCAAAAUCUAAAAAAUAUACAGUCUAAAUUUUAGGUAAAGUCCAG